UAAAAUACUAAACCUCAAACCCUAAAUCCUAAAUCCUAAAUCCUAAACCCUAAACCCCUGAGAGUUUUAGUAUUUAGUGUUCAUGAUUUAGAGUUUAAGGUUUAUCCAAAGAUUUAGGGUUUAUCCAAUAGGGUGUAGGGUUUAGUGUUUUAUUGAAGAUGUUAAAAUAUAUAUUUUUUUACAUUCUUUUUUUGUAAUUACUAUUAUUUUUUAUUUAGUUUUUGCCUUUUUAUUUUAAAAACAUAAUAUAACUUGAUAAUAUUUUAUAUAUUUUUUUAAAGAUAUUAUAUUUGAAAUAACGAAAUUCUAUUGGUUGGUGAACUUCGAUAUACAGAGUCUUUAGUACUCAUUAUUUUCACUAAAAAUGUUUGUUACUUUUUGUCGUUAUCUAUGAUUUAUUUAAGCUACAUAUUUUUCUUAUUUUCAUGAAGUAAAUAUUUUGUGUUAAAUAACCACACGUCUUAAAAUUAGAUAGUGGGGUUUCUAAAUUUUUUAAUCAAGCCGCCUUAAAUUUUGUUAGUGGAGGCAUAAAAUUUUCAUUAUACCGCUUAGUGUUACCAAAAAAUUCACGAACCCAUUUAAACCCCCAAAAGAUUAUCUUUCUAGAUAUCUCUUUUAUUUGUUGCUCUCUCGGUCUCUUCGUCGUCGUCCUUAUUCCAACGUUUGGUUUGUCUUCCAGUUAAAAAGGUAAUUUCUACUUGAUUCUGGAUUUGGAUUUGGAGUUGAAUUGCUAAAACGGUAUCAAAGUUCUGUAUCAUGAUUUUGCUAACCUUAACGUAACUGUUCGUAUCCAUCACCACGCUUUUGUAAUGAAAACUCACAUAUUAUGGUCUUAGCUUUAUUUUAACGCUGAGUAACUGAUUUUAUGUUUCUUAUCUAAUUCUGUAAUGGUUUUAUAAUUCAUUCAUCAUCUUUGCUAUACUCUUUCUCAGAAAAAUUUCAAUUGGGAUGCUUCGAUCAACUAUUCAGUUGAAAAGGAGUUUAAGAAACUUGCUGCCUAUCCCCUCAAAGGAAUGGUAAGUGUUACAAAGAAAGGAGGAGCAAAACCUGACUGGAUUUUGUCGGACUAUUGGACCACUAUGCAAGCUUAUUGGGCAACACCGAAAGUCAAAAAAACGAGUGCUAGUGCACGUGCUUCUCGAUUGUCUGACCGCAAUGGUUUAGGUUCGCAUCGACAUAGAGCGGGUUUAUGUUCCUAAGCCAAAGUUCAAGAUGUGCUGGAAGCAAACAACGAAGACUACGCUUUUAUUGCUGUGAUGAAGAAAACUCAUCAAAGACCUGACGGAACAUACGUUGAUGAGCGUGCUCGCUUGGUUGCAGAAACUUAUGAGAAGCACGUGGAAGAACGUUUCGGACAGCUUGAAUCUUCUGGUCUAGAUAAUGUAACACUUGAGAAUCUUGACCAGUGUGAAAGAAAUGAUAUUUAUGUAAAGGCUGUUGGAAUGUCUAAACAGGGACGUGUCUUUGGACUUGGAGCAUUACACAAUAAGGUUUUACCAGCUUGUGAUGUUUCGUGGAAUGCACGCGAAGCUUCUGAAGAAGUUGAAAUGAUAACACAAAGAUUGCAAGAGGUGGAAUCAGAACUAAAACAGAGCCGUGAAGAGAAUCUACAGUUUCAGAAGAGACUUAGGAAUAUGGAGACUCUUGUUUAGUCUAUCACAAAUCUAAGUGUCUAGACUUGGAUCCACCACCAGAAAUUUCCACUUUCCAUGAAGCGUACGUUCACCCCAUGUUUUUAAUAUCUUUUAUUAUGUAUUUUGUUAAGACUAUUUCAUGUGAUUAUCUUUGUGAACCUAUCAUUGUUAUUUGAUUUGGAUGUUAAGUUUUUUUGGUAUAUUAAUGGUAACGUUUUUAGUGUUUCAUCGCAUAUUAUAUAUAACUAGAUUAAGAUCCGCGCCUUGCACGGAAUAAACAUUAUAUAUAUAAAUUAUUUUAUAUAUUAUAUGUUCUUACAUAUUAUGAAAUAAUAAAUAUAUAUUGAA